AUGGCCGCGCGGCACCACCUACCGAGAGAAAGAGGCGAGGCGAGGCGUGACGGCAGCGGUUCCCUCGGCAACCUCUCGGCGUCUUCCAUCUCUCCCGCCUACGAUCUCAGUGAUCAUUCAGAAACUGAAGUGAAGAAAUCUAGCAUAUUGCCAGCCGCUAUACCUCCACUUAUAGCUGAAUCUGCACUAUUACUGAAGGACUUAUCUGUGAUGGAAGCACCAGCAUCUGUAGACCAGCCAUCUGUCAUGAAACUGCCAAAGCCUGCAGACCAUCUGGUUGUAGGUUCUGAAGACCAAUUUCCCAUACCUGGUGGAAACUCACCUGAGAUUAGAUCACCUGUGGAUGAACAACUUGGUUUCAAAGUCAAAAUAUCCAUGUCUGAAUCCUCACAGUCUUGCAGUAAAAUGUCUCUGAAUAAAUCAGCAGCAGCUGUAGUUAAACCAACAGAGAAAGCAUGUGAAAUAUCAGAGCAGCCAAUGGUGUAUGAAGACCCUUUUGAAGCCUCCGUUAACUAUGUGGAGAAACAUAAUAUUCUGCAGAUAUUUCAGGAGAUCACAGCAAAACUGUUGUACGAGAAACCUGAUGACCCUUUGCAGUUCAUGUUGCUGCAGGUGCAGUCCAUGAUAAAUGCCAGGCAGGCAGAAAAGGAAGGAGUAUCGGAGGAGCACAAAGAUACAGAGGAAUUUCUGGGGGAAGUCCUGGGCACUCCUUCGGGCUUCUACUGACCUUGCUGUUGUAGUAUUUCACAGGGCCUUUCCAGCAUUGUGCUUUUACAGCCAGUGGAAGUACCUUUGAAAAAGUCUGCCGGUAUCUCUGUUUCCUGAUUUUUCUGUUGUGUAUGUUUGCACUUCCUCUUUUAUUUUAAGCUGGAUGCGCAAACUCAAACCUGAAAGAGUGCAUGGAUCUACAUGCACAUAUGGCGCAUCUUGAAAAGGCUGGGCUGCUGAACUCUUGUCUGGUCUAUACAUACUAAUGCACAAAUUCCACAUUUAAGCCACUUGUAAUCUCUACUUUUCUGUGGAGAGAAACAAUACACUGUAAAAUUAAAAAGUAAUCCUGGACAACCUUUCUUUUUCAUGAAGCACUGGUGGCGUACUGCCUCAAACUGUACAGUAACACCAAUGUCCAUCUAACAGAUUGAAAUCCACCCUCAGAGAGGCUGGGUCUGUGGUUUUUCUGCUGCCCGCAAAGCUCCUCUGUUACAUGGAGAUAACUCUAUUUUUUCCACACAAGUGGCAGCAGCUGUCUCACACUUAGCCAUCCUUGUUAGUUUCAGAUCACUCUGCUUUUUGAUGUUGUCUUGCUUUUAUCAUUGCAAGUAUAGAAUGUAUUUUGAUAAACAUAACUGUAAAGCAGUAGUUGCAUAUGUGGCUCUGCGGCUUCAAAAGGUAUUGCCAAUAAGGAAAGUGAAAGGUGAAUAAAACUAAACCAAUCAAAACGAAGCACUGGUAGCACAACAAAUUCAGAGUUAAGAAUUACACUUUGCAAAUACAUCACUUGAAGUGCUUUUAAUUCUCAAAACACUUGCAAUGCUCAUUUUCAUAUUUUCCAAGUGUUGUUUUUCACCCUCUAAGGGACAUUUGUCUUUCUUGACUCUUGCCUGCAGAUCACUGAAAAUGUGCAAUAGCUCAUACAAUUAUUUUGCUGUCAUUUCAUGUGUAUGUGCAAUAGGUUCCAGAAAGCUUUUUGUCAUUACAUACUUCUCUUUAUUAGGCAAGUGUUCUGAUUUCAUGAGGGAUGGUAGCAUGUUCCCAAAAAUCUGUCUUUGGCUAUGAAGGGAGCACCACAGAAACUUAUCUUCCAUCUAUUUCUUUGUAGCUAAAAGUCUGAUGAUCAGAUUGGGCCCAAAACAUUGGGAAAUAACUGAAACAAGUAUUUGGCAUGCAGAUGCUGUGUUUGAGGUAGAGUUGCCUUUCAAUCAAAGGCUCUCAAAAAAGAUGAGGUAACUCAUUUUUCCAGGUUAAAAAAUCUUAAAACAGAUGUGUUAACACCUAGAAUUAGGUGUCUAGGCCCCACUGAAGAACCGAGAUGCUCUUGAAAGCCCUGCUUAUCAUCAGCAACUGGAAGAAUUGGACCCCUAAUGAAACAGAGUGAAUGUUUUUCAGCCUCAUAUAUUUCUGAUCAAGGGUUUAUAAGUGGCCCUGUACAUUCACUCACUAUGAAUGUAGGAGGAGUGCUAAUAAUGUAUCUCCAUAAAACAGGAAAUGAGUGGAAGAUAGUCAACUUUACAUGAACAUACCAGCUGAGGUCUUUUGAUCUCUGUCAUCACUUAUCAGCACAUUUUCCAAGAGAUGAAGUUGUUGUCAUGUCUUUGAAUUUUUUUGUAAAAUGGGAUUAAGGUUCUUCUGGGGACACUUAGAUGUGAAAUUCCUAUGUUUCUGCCAUUUUCAUAUUGUAUUUUCUUGUUCUGUUUUACAUAUGGAAACCGAGCGAACUGUGAUAUAUUAUCAUACAAUAGAUGUAUGCCUUCAGCUUCACAUCAGUUUUAAGUGAGUACUGAAAGGAAAGAUCCUUAAUUUCUCCUUCAGAUAAAUUGAGAGCUGGAAAGUAGUCUUCCUACAGGUAAUGGAAGUUUUGCAAGAAAGGCCCUACACAGUGUUCCUCAGCAAUCUCAGGGCCUAAAUUUUCCUUAUCUUGUGCAAACAAAGUCACUAUAUGGUAGCAAGAAGUUCUCUCCAGUGCCAAUAAGCAGCUGUCUCUCCAUUCUAAGGAUUAAGCUCCCUUUCCUUUGAGAAGCAGCAGUUGUAUAGCAGUGUAUGUGGCUGCACUCAGGGCAGUUGUGUGCGCCUGCAACUGUCUUGCAUGAUUGGCAAGAGAAAGCAGUAGGCUUGGGGGCAAUACCCUUACCAACCCCAAGUAGGGGCUUUAAUAGAAAAUCCUGGGAAACUUCGUAAGACAUAUGAGGGGACAUGUUGCUUCCUUCUCAAGCCUUGUAGAUAACUGGAUAACUGGAUUGUAUUUUGAACUGUAUUUUUUUUUAGAAACUUAGGCUAGGAACUUCAGUUUUGAAAAUAAAAGUAUUCUUCAGAAGGUGUGCAGAUUACUGUGUUUAGGCUGAUACAACACCACAGUCCUCUUUGAUUUGCUUCAAAGUUUUACUGAAAAACAGACCUUAGCUCUAAGAAAAUUCUAUCUCACAUUAAGGCACUAAUGCACCACUGAUGUUUGUGUGUGUGAAGGCUUUUCUGCCAUGAAGAAAAGGAGAAAAGCUAGAUUUAAAAUGGAAACAUUUAUUGUGGUCUUAAUUCCAGAGUGACUGUCUUUUUUCCAAGCUUUCUUUCCCAAGCCAUUGGAUCCAUGUGUCUUCUUCAUAAGUGGACAUUUAUCAACAUGACAUUAAGCUGUCGUUUAAUUGCUCGCUUUGGGUGCUCUGAAGGAAUCAACAGUUAAUUGUGUGUAACUGAAAGUAUUCCAUAUAAGUCCCUGUAUCACUCUAGUCACUGUAGAUUUGAAUGCCCUCCAAUAGCAUGUUAAGCAACGUGACUAACAUUUGCUGUUUGUUUUUCCCCCUCCUGACGUGCAUUCUUUCUAAAAGAGUGUGUUGAAUUUUUUUCAUCCACACCUAUGCAUUGCUUUUGCUAAUGGAUAGAAAUACGCUAUGAACUGGGAGGUGGAGAGGCUGAAAAUAGUUUGUUGUUCCAAACGGUGUUGUUUCUGUAGUUUGAUCUGGUCACCUAGAAAGUGUGGUAUUUUCACAGAUGAGAUUUGUUGUUUAUCCAUGAGCUGACGCAGAAGCAUGAUAUCCAUUUCAGAUGACAAAUAGCACUGUUUUGUCAUGCUCAGACCAUUUCUGAUGUGAAUCUUAUAGAAAGAAAUUGUACACGCCUUGAAAUAUGUGUCACAGAUCAAAAUGCCAGACUCAUUUUUUGCCGUCUCUGUACAGAACUUAAAUCAACUGACGUACCCAAGCAGUACUAUGUUGCCAGUAUACUGCCUCUUACCAAGUAAAAAAAAAGAAGAUAUUAAAAAUCUUGUAACUGCUGAUUAAAAAUCCUUCAAAAUGUUCACACAGUCUCUAUUCUGCUUCUUAGUUGAAGUGCACAGGAAGGUUAGCUCUUCAAUGGUCUGCCACUUACAGAUAGCUUGAGACAUUUCAUUGUGACUCACUGGAAAUGAAUCACAUCUACGUAACAGCAAUUUUAAGUUAGUUUAAUGCCACUGAUUUUGAAGUUUCACAAUCAUGUGAAACUUAAAGUACUCAGCAGCAACUAUUCCGAGCCUGCAUGUCUAAAAUGGAAGAAAUUAAUCUCUGCAUGAAGUCUGAUAAAGAGCUUGGAUUAGGGGAGAACUCAAGCUGAAGAUGAGGGAAUUCGUAAGAGCUUAGAAUAGGAAUACACCAGGGCAAACUGACCUAACCCUGUCUGAAAUGCCUUCAGGUUGUAUUCAAGGGAAAGUUUCUCCUGACUGUUCUUACAGCCAGAAGAAAUGCAGAAGGAAAAGAAGAAACACUCUGUUAAAGUCAGACUUUAGUAUUCAUAGCUGCAUUGAUUUUUUGGAACUAUCUUCAUUGGCAGCAUUAAUGUAGCAACUUCAUCAGAAGUUUUGGGCUAUAUUUCAACAUACACAAAUGAAAAGGGAGAAUUUGACUUGUUGAGGUGACGUGGGUUGGAGGAAGAGAAACUUAUCAUUCUCUCCUGGAGAAAAGUGGUGAGUUGGAAUGUCACUCCAGAACAGUAUAAGGCAAAACAACCCCAGGAGGCUUCUAUACACGUAAUUCAAGAUCAGAGAAUGCAGACGCUGUAGUACUUAGUCUGUUCUAGAAAUGCCAAGUGCAAAUGAACAGAGUGGCUCUUCCUUCUUUCCUUGAGGCCAUCACUCCAAUUCCCCAUGCAACUCCUUUCUUGGUUGGGAAGAUGUCAGCCUUCUUUACCACAGCACUAGAUGCCUUUAGGCAUUAAGAAGGAC